AUGGCUACCCGAAGACAACGGGCCAACUCGCCUGAAUUCCCCAUACUCGAGGCUAAUGCCCUGUAUGCCAGCCAGAUUCGUGGCGAUGGCAACUGCCUGUUCAACGCCCUAUCUGACCAGCUCUACGGCACCCAAGACAUGCACGAGGUGCUGCGUAUUGCGACCAUAGAGCAUAUGAAGGAUAGCGCAGACUUCUACCGACAGUACAUGGCCUGCAAUAACGUGCGGAGGAAUCCCAAGCGCAAGACUGCUGCUGCAGCUGCAGCGAAGCCCGUUGACACCACAUACUACACCGAGGAGCAACUACAACAACAGUUUGAAGAGCAUGUUGAGAAGAUGGGCCAGCCCGGCGAGUGGGCAGACAACAUGGAAGUCUCAGCGUUUGCCUCAGCCCUCAACGUCCACGUCCGCCUCUGGCAGGCUGACUACACCUAUCUCUUCUCACCCCGCACAUACUACACGUCGAAUGACGACCUGGCUGCUAAGGACAACCGCCAGACACUUCACAUUGCCUACCAUACUUGGGAGCAUUACUCUUCCGUCCGUAACAUUGCCGGACCCCACACCGGGCCGCCCGAUGUCAACGUCGUGCCACAAGUCGUCUCCAAGAAGCGUCCUAGUCCUAGUGUUGAUGGCGACGAUGACGAUCAGCGCCGGCGCUCUCGAAAGCGUCGCUCGCCUCUGCCGCUUUUCGACUCCGACUCUACACCAGAGGGUACCGAGAGCUCGUCAGACGAAUCAAAUGGAUUCGCAGCCUCGCAACAGUCUAACAUUGAGAUUCCUCAACCAGAGCCCGUGAAGCCGGUCAAGCUCACCAUCAAGCUCCGUGGCCUCCGCACCUCAGACACCUCCUCCCCCACUCCAUCCUGCACCACAUCCCGCGCACCCACACCUGCGCCUACAUCCGCACCACCACCAUCGGCGCACAUUCUAACAGAGCCCAAGAAGACGGCUCCCGUAGCACCUACGAGUGCUGCAGUGGCAGAGGCCACACCCGCUGUUACCGCCUUGUAG